UCGAAACCGAAAGUAGCUCAUGUCGACGGCUGAGGAGCCAAGAAAGACACCUUGGGGCCUUGUCUCUCUUAGUUGUCCUGGGAGCAUCAACCCCCCCCUCCCCCCAAAAAAGAAACCAACUGAGACAGCAGCUUUCGGAGAACGGUCACAGACACUGAAGCCACCCCAGACUCCAGCCGUCCAGUACUACUAAUAAUUGGGACCCAAAAUGACCGGGACCUUGAAGGAAGUGAUGAGGAACACCCUGGACAACCUCACAGGGGCCGACUUUAAGAGGUUUAAACACUACCUACGAGACCAGGGUCGAUUCCCAUGGGGGAAGCUGGAGAAGGCCGACACAGAUGAUGCUGUGGACAUGAUGGUGCAGAUGCAUAACAUGCAGGCUGGGGGCACCAUGUUGACCGUCUUGCAGAAGAUGAACCACAACCAACUGGCCAUGGACUUGGAGAAGGAUCUGACAAAAUUGGGGGGUCAGUCAUCUAACCCUUGGCAGCCCGGAGGUGGUGGUGCGGUCAACGUGAACGUAUCAGCUCACUCUGGAGGGAUGGUGAACGCCCCGACCUUGAGCGGCUGCACCGUCAACGGUCCUCUUACCUUCAGCUAUGGAGGAGUGCCCAACACACUGCAAGGAGCAGUCCCUAACUACGGAGGCUCGUUUGGCAUCAAAAAAGGAGGCCCAGAGUUUUUCAACAAACACAAGUGGGAUCUGGAGACUCGUCUCGGUGUCCUUCCGCCUCUUCUGAUCGAGCUGGAGCGCUACGGCGUCCUCUCUCGUCUGGAGAGGGAACAGGUUCAGUGCAAGCCGACCAGCCAAGAGCAGAACCAUAUCCUCAUAAGCAUGGUGGAGAGGAAAGGAGCCAUGGCCCAAGAGAAAUUCUACCAGGCUCUCCAGGCUCAUGAAGCAUAUCUGGUGCAGGAUCUUCAGUAUUCAGCAUAGUAUAGAUCUUCUGCUAUGCUUUAAAAAAAAAAAAAAAAAAAAAAAAAAAAAAAACAUAGAGACAAUUAAGUUUGAAACCGGAUUGUUUGGCUUGUUCCCAGGAGAAACAAUUCUGGUUCUACACAGGUCUCGUAAAUGCAGGCUCUGCCGGUAAUUAACAAUGUGUUAAUUAAAAUGUUCUUCCUUAAAAUAGGAGAUAAUAAGUAUUUGACCCCUACAGUAUGUUAAAUUCCCAUAGACGCAGGAAGAAAGUGGUGUCCUUAAAGGUUGGAUUUUUACUCAUUUUUAAGAUCAAUUUCCUAAAGAUGAUUUUAUAUUCCUGUUUUUUAGCCAACUUUAGCAUGGGUUCAAAUACUUAUUCUCCCCACUGUAUUUCACAUUGCUUCAAAUUGACCAAAUAGCCGCUUGUACACUGUCGCUUUCCUUCCAAUUCGGCUCUACAGUAGUUCAGAUCCAGACCAGUUGAGAGACUCAUCUGGGCCAGAGCACCAACAGAUGUGUUCCAGUGUUCCAUGAGUAAUCCUGUGUGAACAAGCCAAAACACUUUGGCAUCUGAUGGAUUUUUUUACAUUUCCCUAUAGCCUUAAAACAUGGAUUGCAUGUCUCAUGAAUAUUUUAAUUAUUUGGGCCAAACUUUUACUAUGUUUUGGAGAUUUUAAAAGAUUUUGCUGAAAUUUAAGCUGUGAUUUUUAAGCCAAAAUAUUUUUUCCUGAAUAUUGGAGGUGGGCGAUAUAUAUUUUUCUACCAUAAUAUCGUGAUUGUUUUUUAACGAUGUGCAAAUUCAUAUUGACAUUAUCUAGCAUUUAAUUUACUUAGGAGGAAAAAACGUCAAAAUCACGCAUUAAAACCCCACACAUCCACUAAAUCAGGAGAAGCAUGCAGCGUAAGAGGGAGAAGCCCCUGUGUGCCCACCCCUACUUUGUGUAGUUAUAAUGUUGAAGCCAGGGAUUUACUAGGUUUGUUGCGAUUGUCACAUCCAAAAGUGAUCUGGAAUUGCAAUCCUUGCAUUUGUGGGAAAUCAAAACAUUGCAUAAUCCAUGAGGGACAGAUUCAUGUUUAGUGAGAGGUGUGCUAUGUGGUUUUGUGUCUAGUAUCUUGUAUCUUUUUCAUUUCAUUUUUACUUUUUCCAAUUUUGUUUUGUCAGUCUUCUCCAAGAUUGACAAACUAUACUUCACUGUAUAGUUUAGUGUAUUCAUUUUUCUAACAACAGUUAGCAACUUCAUUCAAGCUAAAUCUUAGCUUGACAGAGAUGGACAUCAGUGCUCAGGAUGCUAUGCUCUUAGCUUCACUGAGAUGGACAUCAGUGCUCAGGAUGCAUCUGUACUGGAUUUUAUUGUUCUUCACUCUCCGUUGAUGACAUGGCAACAGCAAUGACGUCUGUCAGUAUCUCCUACAACUAGGUUUGCCUUUCCUUUUCAUGAACAUUCCAUUAACUGUGUGUUACACUGUUGCAUACUCUUUUACACUGCCUUUUACAACAUUGUAAUUAAAAUAGGCAUUUAAAUUAAAUUAAAACAAAUGCAACCA